UUUGAUUCGUCAUUCUCAAUCAUGAACGCACAGAGAGCGGAUAGUCAGAAACGACUUGCAGAUGAGCAGAAUCAAGCAACACCCCAGCACUGAAUACCCCAAGAAACCAGCAGAGGAUGUUUUGACACCUUCAUUUGUUCCUCCAGCCUUCCUCUCAACAAUGGACCUCUUUUUGCAGGGAUCCUCUUUAAACUUAUCCUUAUCAAAACUGCUCCACAAUAUCAGCAUUCCUGUCAACGCCUCUGGGAAUUAUACUAACAACCAGUUCACAGAGGUCAACCUCUUGGAAAUCCUAGGUCCGAAACGCUCUCCCUUUUUCUUCCCAGUGACCAGUGUUUACCUUCUCAUCUUUCUCAUUGGCUUGUCUGGAAAUCUGCUCACAUGUGCAGUGAUUGCAAAGCAUAAAAAAAUGCGUAAUCCUACAAACUUUUACCUUGUGAGCCUGGCUGUAUCGGAUCUUCUCGUGCUUUUGUUUGGGAUGCCCCUGGAGAUUUAUGACCUGUGGCAGAACUAUCCAUUCCCCUUUGGUGAGGGUGGCUGCUACUUCAAAACGUUCCUGUUUGAAACUGUGUGCUUUGCCUCCAUCCUUAACGUCACAGCUCUGAGUGUGGAGAGGUACAUAGCUGUGGUAUAUCCACUCAAAACACGAUACCUGUCGACUAACCAGCACGCUAAACGGGUCAUCACCAUUGUGUGGGUGGUUUCGAUGAUCUGUGCCAUCCCCAACACCUCACUGCACGGCAUCUUCUACCUGCCAGAGAGAAUGGAGGAGUCAGCUAUUUGCACUGUGCUGAAACCUUUGUGGAUCUAUAACCUGGUCAUGCAAAUCACAACUGUCUGCUUCUAUUUUAUACCCAUGAUGGUUAUUAGCAUGCUGUACUUAGUCAUGGGCCUUCAUUUGGGGAGAGAAAGGCGGCAGUCCAGUGGGAACCUGGGAAAGAACUGUUGCAGCACUCGAAGGAAGAUGAGAGUGGAGAAUGGCCGAAGGAGACAGGUCAUCAAAAUGCUCUCAAUCGUGGUGGCAGUGUUUGGAGUCUGCUGGGCACCCUUUCACAUCGAGCGUCUCCUGUGGAGCUCUAUCAGCCAGUGGACCGACUUGAUGCACAACAUUUAUCAAUAUGUCCACAUCCUGUCGGGCGUCUUCUUCUACCUCAGCUCUGCAGUCAACCCUAUCAUCUACAGCCUGCUCUCCACGCGGUUCAGAGAGUGUUUUCGAGAACUUGUCUGUUCCCAGGGGGAGGACAAUAACUCUGUCAGAGACUCCCCUCCUUUUCCUAAAAUUUUGCUGGAUCCCUCCGUUGCAAGUUCAAGGGGUCAGGCCGAGGGGAAGGACUCUAAUGCUUUCAUCCCUUUGCUGUCUCCUAACAUGACACUGAGUAUGGACACUGAAAUCCUCACAUGUGCUUGUACAGACACAACAUGCAAGACCUCUGUAUUCUGACAUUUUAUUUGAACAAGCUAGAAAGCAUCUGGUGCAGAAAUAUUGUAACCUGACAGGUUAACAUUUUGGACCUUAGGUUUAUUUGUUUCCAAAAUUUGCUGACAUGAUGCUGUAUGAUGAAUACUACCAGAAGAAAAUGAGCUUAGCUUAGAACUGAGACUUGAAACAAAUGAGGACAAGUAGGCUGUGUCAUAAUGUAAUAAAACUGUCUUGUCUGCUUGUCUCUGACCCUUUUAUUAACAUUGGCUCAUCUCAAAAGCAAAAAAGGUUC